AUGGCUUUCUCUCUUCGGAGAUCAAUGCCAUUACGAGCUGCAUUUCCAUUUAUCCACAACACCCCAUUAUCCCCAUCAACAUCAUCCUUAUCCACAACCCGUCGCAGAGAAGUUCAAACAAUCCUCCUCAAGAGCUCGAAAUCGGGUUUCGAAAACCUCGGCGACGCUCUCCACCUGUUCGACGAAAUGCUCCAGUGGCGCACCCUGUUCUCCGUUGUCAACUUCACUCAAUUACUAUCUGGGCUCGUUAAAAUGAGACAUUACUCUGUGGCCGUGUCAUUGUUCCACCAAAUGUGCGCUUGGAACAUUCCUGUUAACACGUAUACGAUCAGUACCGUGAUCAACUGCUAUUGUCGUCUGAAUAUGAUCCAAUGUGGGUUCUCGAUGUUGGGGUGGAUGAUCAAGCGUGGUUUUAGGCCUAAUGUGGUUACGUACACGGGUUUGAUUAAAGGGUUGUCGUCGCCUGUGGAGGCGAGGGGAUUUAUUAAGAGGCUGAUACGGCUGAAUGAGAUUGAACCGGAUGUCGUGUUGUAUAGUGCUGUUAUUGACAGGCUUUGUAGAAAGAAUUUUGUUGAUCAGGCUCUUGAUGUUUUUUCUGAUAUGAGGCAGGAAGGGGUGGAUGCUAAUGUUGUUACGUACAACUUGUUGGUUCAGGGGCUCUGCAAGUUAAAUCGGUGGGAAGAGAUUGAUCGGUUGUUAAGAGAGAUGGAUGUCAUGAAUGUAUGUCCGGAUGUUUACACGAGCAGUAUAUUAGUUAACGCGUAUUGCAGAGUAGGGAGGGUUGAAGAUGCAGAGAAUGUGAUUAAAAUGACAAUUGAACGAAGUGAGUGUCCUAAUGUAGUAACAUAUAAUACUCUAAUGCACGGAUAUUGUCUGAGAGGAAAAAUUGAUGGAGCAGUGGCAGUGGUGAGUACGAUGAAAAGUAUGGGGGUAGUUCCUGAUAUAGUGACAUGCGGCAUUUUGUUAGACGGCUUUUGUAAGAAAAAUGGCGUCGAUGAAGCAAUGUCGUUGUUUCACGAAAUGGAAAGGAAUGGGUUGAUUCCUAAUAUUUACAUAUAUGGUAUCCUGAUAAAUGGAUUGUGCAACGACGGGCAGCUUAGUAAGGCAAAAAUUCUCUUUGAUAACCUUUCGUCGAUUAGGUUGGAACCAGACGUCAAGACAUACACUAUGAUGAUUCAAGGAUUUUGUCAGAAAGGGCUUCUGGAUGAAGCAAAUGAACUGCUCAGGCAAAUGGAAGCUGAAAAUUGUUUGCCAGAUAAUGUCACCUACAACAUUCUUAUCCGCGGAUGUAUCCAGAAUAAGAAGUACAAUGAAGCCUGUGGACUCAUGGACAGAAUGUGUUGGCCGUCUGGUGGUGGCUUCUCACUGGAUUCAUGUACCACCUGCAUGAUACUGGAUGUUCUGGGUACCGAAAAGGAUGAUCCAUCUACUCUUGCUUUGCGCAAAAAGUUCUUGACGUAG